AGACAACCGUCUACAACCGAACGAAAGAAACGAACUUCAUUUCGAGACGCUCCAUUGACUCGUGUCUCUGCGCGUACCUCGCUUCCUUUGGCAAACUCAUGCCCCAGGGAAGUGAUCCUCACUCUCCGUCGCACUUGCAAAAAUUCGAGCUCUGAGGCUGGAGGCUGCCUAAUAAUAAUUCGCGAACAUUGCUUUCGAGUUUCUUACUGCUGCAGCUGCUCCGGAUUGAUUUAGAAUUCGUAAAGGGUCGCGAGAAGAUCGGUCGCCUCCGAGAGUGUGAUUUCCUGAGAAUGUCUCGCAGUAUGAGCCGGAGCCGGUCACCAUCGAAAGGAUCGACAGUCACUUCCUACAAACGCAAAAAAGACAAGGAACGCGAGAGAAGCAGUUCCAGGGACCGUCACAGACACAAGAAGUCCGACAAAGAGCCUCGCCACAAAUCCUCUAAGCAUAGGCGACGCAGGGAUGAUAUUCCGAAAGCUUAUCGCGGCAGCAGAAGUCGCUCGACCAGCAGUUCCAGUGCCGAUCGGGAAAAAAUCAAAGACUCUCCGAAAAAGCGGCCACGGAGGGAGAAGACUCCGGAACCGGACCCCUUCGAAAUACGGCGUCGAGAGCUCAUCCGGAUGAAAGAAAUCGCCGCUGAAGUCGAGCGUAGACUCGCUGAGCUGCUCCCGAAGAAGCUCGAGGAAGAGAUCGAUCUCCGGAAAGAAAAGAUCCGCAUGGAUCUCAGGCUGGAAAUGGAGGAGCAGAUCCGAAAUGAGAACAAUGAUUUGGCGAGGAUCAACCUCGAGCUGAGAGAGGAAAUCAAGCAGAUUCAAGAGAGCUCGGCCAAGGAAAUCACCGAUCUCCGUCAGAAACUGAAAGAUCUCCAAGAGCAGACUGCGGAGAGCCUCCACAAGGUCGCAGAAGAAAGGUUGAAGCUCUUGGAGGAAAGACGGAAGAUCGAUGAAGACAGGAUGGCGCUCGAAAUGGAGAAGCGGAAUAAGAAGAAGGAGGAACAACAGCUGAUUCUCAAUAAAUCGGGGAAAGCCCGACCGAAACUGGCUUUCUCCUUCAAAUAGGAGCCUUGUCCACGAUCUUGGACCCUGCUGUACAUUGCCAUGUAUACACCGCGGUAUCGAGCUCGACCCAUCUACGCGUAGCCUAGUUUCGGAUCGAGCGAGCCUAUUUUUAUCUUGAGUCCGCAGGACAGGGCUUGCUCCAUCUACACGCAGACGGACAUGGGGGGAUAUUGUCACUAGAUAGGGAGGUUGAAUCCUUAAUAAAAGCGAUUCCUAGAUGGG